CCUUCCUGCAUAAAUAACCGCGAAAAAUACUACAGAAAACAUUAUCGGAUCAGGAACUAAACCAGUCAUCAUACCUCGUCGCCUUAUUAAUUUCAAAGAAGUUUGGACUUUUUUCAUCAAAUCCAUUUGUAUUGCCAGCGCAGAAAGAGAUUAAUGGAAAAGGAGAUGGAUUCUUCAUCGGUCAAGAUUCGUGCUGUAGCAUCGAUCAUCGUUGCUAUCAUUAUCGCCAUUGGCGUAAUCAUCUCAGCGGUCAUCCUUUCUCGUGGAGAUUAUGGGGGUAUGGCGAACCAAUGCAUAACAGUUGGAGGGAGAGAUCAAGAGAAAGCAAUGGAUAGCAGUAUGGUAAUGAACAUAGUAAUGAUGGAUAGUGGCAGGGAGCUUGGCAAACAGAUGAUGCGAUACAACUACGACUCUAAUACGAUUCUUGUAGAAACGGCUAAUAUCAGUGGUUUCAGUCGGGCUAACGUCGUCGUCGACUAUGACAGGGCCAUAGUAAUGAUUGAAGUACAAGGUGUAUGUUUGGCUUCAUCACUGCAUGGAGAUAUGAUGAACAUGGCAGAUAGAAUCACUGGUUAUAUGAGAACAGAUCAAGAGGUAAUCGAUAUAGCUUCAGUACGCAUCGUAAAUCUAAACUAUGAACGAAUAGGUGUCAUCCCAGCCGGUUACGUCACUCUUUCAAAUGGACCAAUCAUACGAGGGUUAUGUGCAGGAUAUGAAUCUUAUUGGACCGAACAAACUGGAAUGACUGACCAAGGCGGGCGGAAGAGACGAUCGGUAUCGGGUUCAGUACGAAUAUGCAUAUUUGGAUUUUGCUUCGAUAUUUCCUUUUAGGCAUUCAAGAGAGAAGGCCCACUGCACUGGGGAACUAAAUAAUAAUAUGUCUUUAUUGUUGUGUAUUACCAUACUAACUAUGUUAUCAUUGUAGCUUUUUCUUUUUUUGAUAUGCUUUGGGACCGGUCCACACACCAUACUCCAAAAAACAAGGGUGUUAAGAAUACAACACAUGGUGUUCACCAUGUUCACAGAGGACUACACCAAAUAUUAAUGUACCAGUGUUAGAUUCAUGUACACAAUACCAAGUUACAAUGAUUGACAUUUAUAAUAAAAUUAACUGAUGACUCACUUUUUUUAUUUCUCUUGCUCUUCCUUCUCCUCCACUUCUUCUUGUUUAGUCAAAUAUCCAAUGGUGUUAUAUUAACAUAUUCCGUUGUGACUUUAACCCCGGACUUUUACACUAUUAAUGUGUAAACUAGUGCAUAUUUAAAACCCGAGGGUCUGCUCCUCACAGAACGCUACAGAUGUUCUUCUUAACACCAAAUUGUGUAGUAUCCAAAAUUACAGCAUCGGCCUUCAUCAUUGUAAAAGGGAAGGGUCACCCUGAUGUUCGCGUUUAUAGAAGCAGAAAAAAAAAUUAGUGAAGGUUAUGAAGUUAUGAUUGUUAUGUUAGCUCCUCUAUAUCUCAUGCGAUGUAUAAUUCCAAACAAUGUCCUAAAAAGAAUGAAGGUGAUAUUUAUUUGUGUGGUGGAUCAUUUCAUAUCCCAUUCUGUAAGAAAAUCAUUGUAGUCCUUUAUAUUCCAUUCAAUCUAUACUACAUGAAGCUGCUCGCAUAUGAGUAAAACAAAGUAAUAUUUUCAUAACUCUGUUAUUAUUAGGUUUUUAAACAAACCUUCCCCUGAUUUUUUGCUGUAUAUUAAAACCAAACUUAUCAGGGUAAACUUCCCCUUUAAAGCCUAUUUUAUUUAUUGAAAAUCAUUCAAUAGUGCAUGUUACGAGCUAUUCCACUGUACGAAUCGUGUGUUUGCUGUGUGUGAACGAUAUAAACUAUUUUUUGUUAGAUUUAAGGCUUAUUUUAUAUUCGUCUAAUGCCAAUUCCUCCUAUUGCCAACUCGUCUACUAUCAUUACCUUCAGUUGGUCUACUAUCCACAGGGUCUAAUUCGUCCACUCACUAUUUCGGCUAAUAAUCAGUUGGUCCAAUAGCUUUGUUGGCGCGAUUCGUGCUAUAGUAGUUCUGACACUCGCCUUUCAAACAGAGGGUCGUGGGUUCGAAUCCAAGACAUGGCGUGUUAACCUUCUGCAAGGAAUUUAUUCACACUGUGCAGCACUCAACCCAGGUGAGGUGAAUGGGUACCCGGUAGGAAGAAUUCCUUGAAUGCCCUGAACGCCGGUGAUGGUAGC